AUGGACGACUCGACGCCUUCAGUCUACCCCCCGGUCCCGGACGCCCAGCCCGUCGCGCCUUACCCCAUGUCCGCCGCCCAGGUCGCAUCGGCAACGCCCGUCAUGUCGCAACCCGCCGCACUAUCCUACCGCAACUCCAACUCUCCCGUCUCCGAGUCUUCCCGCGCCGCCCCUGCUGCCAACAAGACCUCGACCAAGAAGAACCAGUACCCCUGCCCGCUGGCCAAAGUCUACAACUGCAGCGACUUCUUCACCACCUCUGGACACGCCGCCCGCCAUGCCAAGAAGCACACUGGCAAGAAGGACGCCUUCUGCCCGGAGUGCAACAAGGCCUUCACCCGCAAGGACAACAUGGAGCAACAUCGUCGCACCCACCAAAACGUGCGUGGCCCUUCAAAGUCUUCGACAGAUGGCCGCGUCAAGAAGUCCACCAAGCCUGUACCUCGCAAGUCUGUCAGCGGUCCCUUGGAAGCUGCCGCCGUAGCCCAGCUGGAAGACCACCAGUCGCAGCAGCAUCAACUUCCUCAACAUCAACUCCAGUUCCAAUCCGCUCAACAACCCAUCAUGUCGACUAGCCCUUACUACAUCAACCCAGACCCCAUUCAGCCUCUUCCUCAACCAAUCUUGUCUGAGUUCACCACAAGGCCUCCGCUCUACCACCGCUCCAACUACACAAGCUCUCUUGACUACCUCCCUGCUCAAGCCAGUUUGAUCCAAGACCCCGACCUCCAUUACAGCUACCCAUCGCCUGGUCUGUCCAAUGGCCUUGACACGCUUGCAUUGGCAGCAAGUGAUCAUCGCCGCAUGUCUGAUGAAGGCUCUUGUUAA